CCCCACCCCGGUCCCAUGGGGGAAGCUCCGGUGCCGGAGCUGGAUGCGGUGCUGGGUGGCGGCGGUUGGGAUGUGGGGGCGAGCUUCGAGGGUCCCCCCCCACCCACCGUCCCCAUCCGCCUGGGGAGGAACGCCUGCUACGUCGUCUUGGCCGUGCUCUUCAACGAGGAGGACAGGGUGCUGCUGGUGCAGGAGGCCAAGCCCGAGUGCCGCGGGAGGUGGUACCUGCCGGCCGGGAGGAUGGAGCCCGGCGAGAGCAUCGUGGCUGCCAUGCGGAGGGAGGUGAAGGAGGAGACGGGGCUGGAGUGCGAACCCCUCACUUUGUUGGCGCUGGAGGAGAGGGGGCCGGCGUGGAUCCGCUUCGCUUUCCUCGCGCGCCCCACCGGUGGGACCCUGAAGACCCUGGAGGAGGCUGACGCCGAGUCUCUGCAAGCGGCGUGGUGGGCCGGAGACCCCUGCGCCCUGCCGCUGCGAGCCCUGGACAUCCUGCCCUUGCUGGACCUCGCUGCCCGCUACCACCGCAGCCCCCCGCAUCCCCCCACGCUGCCGCAGGAGCUGCCCUGCGCCCUGCUCUGCUUGCGGCUCCUGGUGGCCUUCGCCAACGACGCCGGGGACCUUUGGGUCCUGCUGGGCACCGCCGGGACCCCCCACCUGCCCGUGGUGGCCUGCGGCAUGUCCCCGGCUGAGCUCCGCGGGGGUCUCCGCCUGCCCGUCCUGCGGCUGCUGCGGGACUGCCUGCCGUCGGACCCCCGUCCGGGACCCCUGGGGUUGCUGGGGCUGCAGCACCAGGCUGGGGGUCCCGGGGGGGCUGACGGCAUCUGUUUCAAUGUGCUGCUGAGCAUCCCUCCCCGCAGCCCUGGGGCUGCCCCCCCUGAGCCGUGCGGCCCCGCUUUCCGCUGGUGGCAUGUGGAGGAGGAGAGCUUGAGGGGCCGGAUCCUGCAGCGGCUCCGCACCGUGGGCAUGGUGCCCAUCCGCAGCUAGUGCCCGGUAAGCCCCGGCAGCCUGGCUUUGGGCACGGGGGGGGCCAGCUGGGAUAUGUACCCAGGGGUCCUGCUUGCAGUGCCAAACGUGAGAGGCCCCCCCCCCCAUGGCUGGGAUGAUGUUUUGGGGCAGGACAUGGUGCUGUGUCCUGGCUGA